UAGUAAUGAUCAAGGGCUAGGUUUACCGUGGGAACGUCUCAAGGAUCCCAUAUAGCAAUAGCCAUGACCUCUCGCCGGCCUGAGUCAGUGUUGCAGCUGUGCGCCUGCGUACGGUAGUCCCAUGUGUUGUGAAUACAUGCAUUGUCAAAGUUGAGUGCUCGUUAGCUAUUUUACAACUGGAGCUGUGGCUUCUACAGACAUACUUGCGUACCAGUUGAAAUAUGGAGAGACUCGUGCAGGCUAGCCUACCUCCUGAUCAGGGACACAUUCUGGGUAUAGUGUCUCAGAGUGAUAAGCAGGCGGAGAUGUUCACAAAUGGCUUUCUGAAGAACAGUUUACCGGGUAUGAGCAAGAAGGAAAUCGGCGACUUCAUGCUUCACAAGGCUGUGGUUCUAAAGUAUGCGAAAAAGGAGAAGAAAAAGAAGAACAAAAAGAGAGCCAAGGGUCUCAAUGCUAAACAAAGGAGAGAGAUGAAGGUCUUUCAGCUGAAACCAGAGCAUCAAAAAUAUGAGCUUUUCUUGCCCUUGCAUGAGCUAUGGGAACAGUACAUCAGAGAUCUGUGCAACGGAUUGAAACCAGAGAGCAACCCACAGACAAUUCAGCAGAGGCUGUUGAAGGCUGAUUUUCAUGGUGCCAUUCUUACAGUGGCCAGGUCCAAAUGCCCCUCGUAUGUAGGCACCACAGGAAUCCUAGUGCAGGAGAUGAAACAUGUCUUCAAAAUCAUCACAAAGGAGGACAAACUGAAAGUCAUACCGAAGCGAAACAGUGUGUUUGCUGUGGAGAUCGAUGGCUUUGUCUCCCAUAUCUACGGUAGCAAGUUUGAACUCCGCUCAAGCGAGCGAUCCGCAAAGAAAUUUAAAGUCAAAGGAACCAUAGACCUGUGAUCCUGUUGGAGUGUAGUAAUGAGACUGAGCUCAGAGGCUCUUUGGACAGAGAAGUAAACAACUCCUGUCAGGAUCUAUAAUAAGGACUAUCACCAUCUUCAAUUUUAUUUUUCAAGUCAUACGGGAACCUCGGCUUCUGUUUUGGAUGCAAGUCCUGUUCUAUAGCAUUUUAUACUGUGGCAAAGACAGAAGACCUGACAAACUCAAAGCAAUCAGAACAUAGUUGUGAUUAGAGAGCAUUUGUGUUGGUAUUUUUUUUUUUUUUUGUAAACGUGUCCAUUGAUUGGUCAAUGAUUUAAUUGUAAAUACAUUGAUAUGUUUUGAGCAACACUACCUAUGUCCACAUGGUGGCACUAAAUCAAUCUGCUUCAAUGUAUGUACAAUAAACAUAUCUAUCUCUAUAAAUUGUUGUCAAAUGACAGAUUACAUUUCCUUGAUCACCUAGUUUGAAGUAACACAAUGAGUUACAAUACAAUGAUACUACUAUGUGGAACCUGAAAAUGUGCCUGUCUUUGGUAUGCAAGAUGCUUAAUUUCCUGAUAAUUUGGGAAUUUCCUAGUUGCUCAACUUUUUAUGAGGUACCUGUUGUAUAUUGUUGGUUUCGAUGUUGGUUUGUCAAUUGAAGUGGCGUAGAUACUAAACAUUGCUGACCUGAAAUUUUCAUUUGGUAGUUGAGUUGCAUUGACAAGUAGGUAUCUCUGUUGGCGUUUGGAUUGCUCAUAUUUGUUUCUUAACCAUGAGUGUCAUUUUGUCAACUUUUUAUGCUAUUACAAUAAUACCAACUGAGUAAUUUAAUUUAUAUAUAUUUUUUAAUUUAAUA